UAUCACUUCGCCUAUCACUUCGCCUAUCACUUCGCCUAUUCAUCUCUGCUUUGACUUAAUUCCCUCAUUAUUCCACCACAUUUACAUGCGAGGAAACCAUGAAUAUGUUCGAGCAACCUGCCGGUUCCAAGUGGAAAAACAUUUACUUGGUUUUUUCCUUUCGAAAUAACACCGAUCUCAACGCACUGGAAUUGAUACAUCGAUAAGAUCUAUUGAUAAGACCUAGAUGAAAGACAGAUUUGGCCAACUUCAGGAUGCAUUGGAUGAGCCUGGAGGAGGAGGAGGUUAUACCAAUGAGGCCUUCACCAAUGUGGACCUGGACCUAGAUGACCUGUCUGCCAAUUCAGGCAGGAACCGUGCAACAGUGGCGCCUGACAACGACCCUGAGCUGAACAGCAUCCUCCAGGAGGCCCAAAAUGUUCGGCAGGAGAUCCAACAGAUCCAGGAAGACCAUGCCCAGCUCCGGGACCAGAACUACCACGCCUUGAACGAUACAUUUAUGGACGACACCAGUGAUGUGAUCAGGGAUGCCAACAACAUUGCAACAGACAUCAAGGCCAGAGGAGGGGCUGUGUUGCAGAGGCUACACAGGAUGAACAGGGAGACCAGGAAGCUGGAGGUUCAGCGAGGUAGCACUGACCACGUGGUACGCAUCGCCCGGACGCAGUACACCAACCUGAGCACCACCUUCAGGGAAGUGAUGUUCAACUACAACGAGACAGAGCUGGAACACAGGGAGAACUGUAAGAAACUGAUCCAGAGACAGAUGGCGAUUGUGGGCAGAGACGUCACGUCUGAGGAGGUUGAGGAGAUGAUGGAGAGCGGGCAGCAGUUGAAUAUCUUCAACGCCCUGGCUAAUGGGACGGCCCAGUCGGCACUGACGCAGAUCGCUAGUAGACACAAAGAGCUGCUGGACCUGGAGAAGAGGCUCCAGGGGGUUCAAGAGCUGUUUCUGGACGUGGCUGUGCUGACAGAGGAACAGGGAGCGGUGCUUAACAACAUCGAGACCAACGUACAAAAGACGGAGGCACCUAUCGCGUGUGCCAGGGUUCAACUGAACGAAGCCAAAAGAUAUGACAAGAACAACCCCAUCAAGAAACUGUUCUGUUGCUGCUCCCCAUGUUGCAAAUGAUUGUAUAUCUCAUCUGAUACUUUGUGUAUGUGAUACAUUCAUUAUCUUGAUAUUAAUGUAAAUAAUAUGAUUUUUUAAAGAAAGCAGUGGGACUGGGAGGCCAGGUAACGAUUGAUACAAUAAGGCCAGGUAACGAUUGAUAACCAUUUCCAGGAAAAACAUACUGUAUGAGGGAUGCAUAGAAGGGCCUAAAAACUCUCUCUGGACUACCAACCAAUGACACUUUCAAUCAAAAGAACAUUGCAUUGAGUUUGCAGAGAGUCUGAACUCUUUCUAUUCUAGGUUUGAUAAUCUGGACUUUAGUACUGAGAAGGACGAGCUGAUGUGUGAACUCUUAUCAUUAGCACAAUGGGAAGCUGAUUUGGUAAUAGAGGAAGCAGAUGUUGAUAGGGGUUUAAAAUGAAUAGCAGUAAACAGUCACCUAAUAAUAGUAAUAGCUUUUUCAAAAAUGAAAAGCUGAAAUGUCUUGAGUCAAUAAGUUUGCAACCCUUUUGUUAUGUCAAGCCUAAAU